AUGCCCGUUCUGGACCGGGAGCGCGAGACAGAGCAAGGAGGGGGUGAUGCUUUGCCCAAGCUGCCCUUGCCCGCCCUGGGGGACACGCUGGACCUCUACCUGAGGACCCUGCGGCCCCUGCUGACAGAGGAGCAGUAUCAGGAGACCCUGAAGAUAGUGACUACGUUUGGGGCUCCUGGGGGCCUCGGGGAGCUGCUGCAGCGCAGGCUCCUGGAGAGGAGUGAAAACAGAGCCAACUGGGUGUAUGACUACUGGCUGAAUGACAUGUACCUGGCCAACCGAAUGGCCCUGCCCAUCAACUCCAGUCCGGUCAUGGUGUUCCCUCCACAGCACUUCCGGGCUCCAAUAGACUCACUAAGGUUCGCUGCUCACCUGAUUUCAGGGAUGUUAGAGUACAAAUCCCUCCUCGAUACGCGCUCCUUGCCUUUGGACUAUGCGCGGGGUCAGCUGGCUGGCACUCCUCUGUGCAUGGAGCAGUACUACCGCCUGUUCACCUCCUACCGCCUACCGGGGCCCCAGAGGGACACACUAGUGGCCCAGCAGAGCAGCGUGAUGCCAGAGCCUGAGCACAUCAUCGUGGCCUGCAGAAACCAGUUCUUCGUCAUGGACGUGGUGAUCAACUUCCGUCGACUCAACGAGAGAGACCUGCUGACCCAGCUGGACAGGAUCUCUAAAAUGGCCGACAGCGAGGAGGAGCGCCUCCCUCCUAUUGGUCUACUCACUUCAGACGGUCGCACCGAGUGGGCGGAGUCCCGCCGGGUGCUCAUGAAAGAGUCCACAAACAGGGAUGCUCUGGAUAUGAUCGAGAGGUGCCUAUGUCUGGUGUGUCUUGACCAAUCGUCUGGCCUCGAUUUGACUGACACCUCCAGGGCCAAGCUGAUGCUGCAUGGAGGAGGCGGGGCUAAGAACGGGGGAAACCGCUGGUAUGACAAGCCCAUGCAGUUUGUCAUAGGAUCCGAUGGCUGCUGCGGAGUGGUGUGUGAGCAUUCUGCUUUUGAGGGGAUCGUCCUUGUGCAAUGCACAGAGUACCUCCUCAAAUACAUGAGAGGCAGUCCGUCUAAACUGGUUAGAGCUGCAAGCGUGAGUGAGCUUCCCGCUCCUCGCAGGCUACGCUGGAAAUGCACUCCAGAAAUUCACAAGCACCUCUCCUCUUCUGCAGACAAACUCAACAGGCAGGUGAGAAAUUUGGACAUGGACGUUCAUAAGUUCCAUGAGUACGGGAAGGAGUUCAUCAAGAAGCAGAAGAUGAGCCCGGACGCCUACAUCCAGGUUGCCCUGCAGCUAGCCUACUACAAGUGUCACGGACGCCUGGUGUCCACCUACGAGAGCGCGUCCAUCCGUCGUUUUCAGGAAGGUCGAGUGGAAAACAUCCGCUCAGCCACCGCCGAGGCCCUGGGGUUUGUCCGAGCGAUGGCCGAUUUGAAAUCGAGUGAUACAGAAAAGAUGGAACGGUUACGCGCAGCAAUCAAUGCACAGACGAAGUACACGGUUCUGGCUAUCACUGGGAAGGCCAUUGACAAUCACCUACUGGGACUCCGGGAAAUAGCACAAGACCUGAAGCUGGAGAAACCAGAGAUAUUCAAAGACAAGGCCUUUCUGAUCAGUAAUCAAUUCAUUCUGUCUACAAGUCAGGUGCCCACCACCGUCGACAUGUUCUGCUGCUAUGGGCCGGUGGUCCCGGACGGCUACGGCGCCUGCUACAACCCCCAGUCGGACCACGUCCUCUUCUGCGUGUCCAGUUUCAGGGACAGCCCUCAGACGUGCUCCGAAGAGUUCGUCCAGAUUCUGGAGCGGGGCCUUCUGGAGAUGAGGGACUUAUGCGUCAGACACAACGCCGACACCAAUGGGAAUCCUAGUGGAAAAGCCGAUGGGAGACCCAUUGGGAAGCCCAAGGAGGAAACUCUGGAGAGGCCUGUGCAGAGCCAAGCGCCCAGGAUGGUUGUCGGGACACCAUCCGCUCUGGGGGACGUCCAGAGACCUCCGCCCCAGGUUUCAGUGAGCAAAGCAGCGGCGAAAAGCCAAGUGGAUAUCCAGACUCAGACGACAUCGCAAGGAGGCUCAAAAGAACGUAAGAUUUGA